ACUAAUUCCACGUCUAAAUAUUUUAGUAAACUUUUUAUUACUAUUUUGACUGUUGUUGUAAUCAAUUUAUGUCAUAAUGUUUAUAGUUUUGAGAUAAUUCAUCAAAAUUCUCAAAUAGCCAUAAAUACUGAAUUCAAAGUGAAAGUAGAGUCCGGACAGACUGAAUGCUAUUAUCAACAUUUGGAACCGGGAUAUGAUUUUUAUGCCACAAUGUCUGUAAUGGUAGGCAAACCAAACUCAACUGAUUUCGAAAUAAUUGGACCAAAUAAUCAAGUAUUGGAUAAAAAACAGAUGACUAACGAUAUUACACUACAACACGGCGUACUUGUGUCAGGAACCUAUAGUUUUUGUAUAAUUAACACAAAUUACAUGUUUGAGCCCAAACUGAUUAGUAUAUAUUUGUGGGCCUAUCAAAAGGACUCGUGGUCUCAAUACGCAAUGGCCAUCAAUGAACCGUUAGAUAAGUUGGCCAAUAUGUCGGCUCAUAUGCAAAAAACUGAUACAAAUAUUGGUGUAAUUUAUACACAUUUAGAGCGAAUGAAAAGAGAGACUUUUAAGGAUUGGUUACUUAUUAUUAGUAACAACCGAUACGUCCAGAAUUGGUCACUCAUUCAAUGUGUCGUUAUUAUCGUCUCUACGGUAACUCAAGUAGUGUUUGUCAGGAGAUUGUUUGGCGGCAAUGAAAGCAAAUUAAAAGGUCGACCACAAGCCUAA